GAUUUGCAAAUAGAACGAGAGAGGACGGUGUAUAGUAUUUCUGGCGGCUGCACAGCCCUUGUGGUGGUGUAUUUAUUGGGGAAGCUUUAUGUGGCAAACGCUGGUGAUAGCAGGGCUAUAAUAAUCCGAAAUGGCAAAGUCAUUCCAAUGUCUUCAGAAUUCACUCCAGAGACCGAACGCCAGCGACUUCAGUAUCUGGCUUACAUGCAGCCCCACUUGCUGGGAAAUGAGUUCACGCAUUUAGAGUUUCCACGGCGAGUGCAGCGCAAGGAAGUUGGGAAGAGGAUGCUCUAUCGUGACUUCAACAUGACUGGCUGGGCAUACAAAACCAUUGAGGAAGAUGACUUGAAGUUUCCCCUUAUAUAUGGAGAAGGCAAGAAGGCUCGGGUUAUGGCAACGAUUGGAGUGACCCGAGGACUGGGAGACCAUGACCUGAAAGUGCACGACUCCAAUAUAUAUAUCAAACCUUUCCUGUCCUCAUCUCCUGAGGUGAGAGUCUACGACCUGCUGCAGUAUGAGCAUGGGCCAGAUGAUGUUCUGAUCCUAGCUACUGAUGGACUCUGGGAUGUGCUGUUAAAUGAAGAAGUGGCAGAAGCUGUCACUAACUUUCUACCAAACUGUGACCCUGAUGAUCCCCACAGGUACACGCUGGCGGCGCAGGACCUGGUGAUGCGAGCCAGAGGAGUGCUGAAGGACCGGGGCUGGCGAAUAUCCAACGACAGGCUGGGCUCUGGAGACGACAUCUCUGUCUACGUCAUCCCUUUAAUACACGGGAACAAGCAGUCCUGA